AUGAGGAAUCCGCAAUUUCUGGACGAUAGCUGCAAGUAUGUCCAAGUAGACGACGAGAAGGGUGCAAAAACAAAACGCUUCUGGUUUCAGUUGCACGGCAGGGAAAUAGAGAGGGCUCACUUAGUAGCUUGGUACAUUACGGUAUCGAUGGGACCCCAUAACAGAAACAACUUUAUUGCAGCUCAACACAGUGCAAGGGAACUUGCAGCGAUUGCAAACGUCCAAAUGUAUAGCAUUCCAUCAGUUCUUUUGUGCGUGCGCACUGUGCAUUUAAUAUGUAUUCGGCAACUGACUCAAACUACUUAUCAAGACGGGGGGUAG